GGCAUGGAGGCCAUCUGGCUGUACCAGUUCCGCCUGAUCGUCAUCGGCGACUCCACGGUGGGCAAAUCGUGCCUGAUCCGCCGCUUCACCGAGGGCCGCUUCGCCCAGGUCUCCGACCCCACCGUGGGCGUGGACUUCUUCUCGCGCCUGGUGGAGAUCGAGCCGGGCAAGCGGAUCAAGCUGCAGAUCUGGGACACCGCCGGGCAGGAGAGGUUCAGAUCCAUCACCAGAGCCUACUACAGGAACUCAGUCGGGGGCCUGCUUCUCUUUGACAUUACAAACCGCAGGUCCUUCCAGAACGUUCACGAGUGGCUAGAGGAGACCAAAGUCCACGUCCAGCCCUACCAAAUCGUCUUCGUCUUGGUGGGUCACAAGUGCGACCUUGACACCCAGCGGCAAGUCACUCGGCACGAGGCCGAGAAACUGGCCAACGCCUACGGCAUGAAGUACAUUGAAACCUCGGCCCGGGAUGCCAUUAACGUGGAGAAGGCCUUCACCGACCUGACUCGAGACAUCUACGAGCUUGUCAAGCGGGGAGAGAUCACCAUCCAAGAGGGCUGGGAAGGGGUCAAGAGCGGAUUCGUCCCCAACGUAGUGCAUUCCUCCGAAGAGGUGGUGAAAUCUGAUCGGAGGUGUUUGUGCUAAUUGCCAAGUCAACGCGAAGGGAAACGACCCUGGACUUUGAGUUGCGAGCAAAGCAUACCCUUUCUCACAGACUCGGUGUGGCAGAAAACGAUGUGGGAAGCACGGCAUUUUGGAGCUCGGAAGCAUAGAGCGGAAUUUGGUGGGGAAGCCCCAUUAUGUAGGAAUGAACCCAGAUGCAUGCUUAUAUUGUAGGAGAUGAGCAGUGUAAGAUAGAGAAGAUCUGAUAGGGGUGGUAGAUGCCAGAGACCCUGUUUUAAUUCAGCCUCACGCAGUGUUUUGUGUUGAAGCCAUGGUCUGAAUAGCCUGUUCAUAUGAAACGCUUUCAGAGAGAGGGAGAGAGAGAGAGAAUAUCUUGACAUACAUCAGUGCUUUAUUUUUACGAAGAUUAACACCUAAACCCAGUUGCCAUUCUUUUACAAGACCCUGUGCGUUGUUAUUAUUAUCACAAAAGGAAAUCAUAUUUGCAAGCAGGGAUAUCCAUGCCUGUAUCUUUUCAAGGAAAUGGAGAAAUGUGAGGUCAUCAAGACACACGGCCCAAUGAAACAAAUAUUGGCUUUUCAGACCAUUUCAUUGGCUCCCGUUUCAGUAAAUUGAUGGGUCAACAGUUUCUGUUGCUUCUUUGAUAGGGGACUGGGAAUGUCUCCAGUGUCUGGAUUUGCAGUGAAAUCAGUUAUCAGCGCUGGAAAAAUUGCAGCCACAGAUCAUCACACAAUAUUUCAUAGAUGCGAUGUUGCCACAAUUCAGAUGGGAAUAAGCCCCUCCCACCUUUGCUAAGCUGCUUUGGCCAUUCGAGACGGUUUUCAAAGUCAGUUUCCCACCAGUAAGAGAAAAACAACAUUUCUAUCACAUUUUCUGAAAACCUGGGGAUUUUUCUUUUUGAAAAAGCAAGUCCAAUGAGCUAAUUAAAGGCAAAGCAGCAAUUUAAGAACCACUUGCUGUUGCUAGAACAUUUCAUUUACUGGCAUCAGCAGGGGAGAAACACAACCGAAAGAGCAAGUUUAGUGAAUGUCGCAGAAAAGUGGAGGGAGGUGCACAUUUUAUUUUGAAUGUAGCGUUUGCUUACAUAACUGGCCUAAUGGAGCUUGAAGCAAACCUUCAUUUUUUGAGUUUUGCUUUAAAUGAAAUAAACUGAGAAUUGAGGGAACCAUAACCCCGAGAGGACACAAGGUAUAAACUGACGGUGUGUGUAUAGAUUGUAAGCCUUAUGUUGAAAUGGGCUAGCAAGGGUUAGACAGAACAGGCUUGGUUCAGGAAUCGGUCCAGAACAGAAGCUGAUCAUGUGCCUUUUAGAGGUCAAGGGACUGUGUUGAAACUAGAUAUAGACCUUAAGAUGCAUGUCCAUACUUUGGAUAAUUUCCACAGGCUUCUUGUACAAAAGAUGCAGGCAGGCAUAAGUGACACUUAAAGUUUUAAUUUAAAAUAAAAAGAGUGCCUGGAACCAUCACAAGCGCCUAGAAGAAUCAGCAGGCAAGAAUGCUAAUACCAAUCCGUUUAUUUCCGCAGAUUCUUCUAGCAGCAUUGCAGUCUGUACCACUGUCUAUUGUGGGUGAGGAGAAAAAGUGCAAGGGCGGAGUCAAAUAUUUAAACUUCUGGAACUCUCUUAUAUUGGUCUCUCCAGCCCCCUUCCCCCCGCCCCGGCUACUCUGACUGGUAACAGCUCUCCCUAAAAGGGAGAUCUUUUGAGCUAAAGAUGUCAGGUUUGAACCAGAGACCUGCUGCAUGCGAUGCAUUCCACUCAGCUAGGGCCCACCCAUGCUAGAUCAGCUUGCCCUUGCUCGGUGGCUUAUAUUUUGGGCCCAGAUUAUGUUUUGUUCCUGGCAAGUGGCCAUAUGCCAUUUACACCAAAGACGCCGAUCACAGCCAGAGAGCCUGAAGUGCAACUUAACCUUUGCAGGCUUGUCACGGCAACAUCAGUCUGUGGUGCGCCAUUUUGCUUGUGAUAAGCAACAUUGCAGCAAGGUCAACAUGAUGAGUGGUUCUCCGCAGGCAAAGUAGCUCAGGAAGAUGGAUUUCCGUUCAUCUAGGCCCAUCUGACAUCUACUUUACACAUGACGUGCACAUGUUCAAAUUCUAAUUUUCCUCAUUAGGACUCCACAAGAUUUGGACCCAGAUUAAGCUGUGACUCCAGUUUUAUAGAGGGACUAACCAACCAGGACUGGGGUGGGUGGGUUACUGGACCCAAUGAAGGAAAUCUUGGUCAAUUAUAUUACUGUAUUCAGAUAGUUGAUUAAGAAAUCAAUGUGAUCUCACAGAGGAGAAAAAACAAUUACUCUACUGAUAAAACAAACACUUUUAAUUUGUCUCUAGAUGAUGCAUGCCUGUGUUAUAGCCGACAUCAUAAUCUUAGAAAGCGAUCUCUCUUCUUCCACACAGAAGGGAGUGCCUUUCCUGUUUGCAUUCUGCAAUUUUGAUUACUUGCAUUUAGAGUAAUACACGAAUUAAAAACUUCUGCCCAAUUAAUCAGGUGCAUCUAUUUGGUUGACCAUCAUGUUUUAACUGAAUAAUCCAAGGAUUCUCCAACUUCGUUUCCCAGAUGUGGUUAGACUACAACUCCCAUCAUCUCUGGCCACAAUGGUCAAAUGCCAUUGUGGCUGGGGUGAUGGGAGUUGUAGUCCAACUUCAUCUGGGGACUUAAGUCUGAGAACCCCAGAAAUGAUAAAUAGAAAGUGUAGGGGGAGGGAAUUAAAUGGGGGUCCCUCUUAAGAAAUAGUUUCACUUGAAUUCUAAGGAUGUUCAUCUCUGAGCUCUCUCUCUCUAGAAACAUGAGUUUCUCAUUCUUCAUGAUAAUGUUGUGGUUUUCAUUUUGUUUCUAAGCCCCAAUAAGAGAACAUACUCAACCACAGGGUUGAUAGUUUCGGUUUUCAGGGUUUUUGUUUUUUAAACAACUGUUUGCCAGCUAGUAAAAGGUAAAAAAAGUAGCUUGGGGUGCAUCUCUAACACUAACUAGGUUUAUUCACACAACGGCUUGAAUCUGGGUUAAAUGUGGUUUACCACACUUGAAGUGAUUGUGUAAACCCAUGCCCAGGUGGGAAUCAUGGGCCAUAAACCAUCUUGGCAUGGGUUCACACAAUCACUUCAGUGCUGGUAACCCAUGUUAAACCUAGAUUCAAACCACUGUGUGAAGACGCCUACUACCUUGCAAUUGUUAUUCUUCUUUUAGUGGAGGUGUAUAUUUCUGAACUUCAUAAAUAUACCAGACAGCAGCCAUUUCAUAUGCAAACAGCUAAAUUCGGUACUCCAUAGAAAUAACUUCUCCCACGAUUCAAGAUGCAGGAGUCUGUCCUGAAAUUCUUUUAACUGGUGAUUGAAGCUGGGACCAAAGCAUAUGUGCCACAAGUAACGCUGCUCCCCUUCUUAUUCCAACAGCACAGUCCAACACCUGUCUUACUCAAGAGCAAGUCUAAUUAAGUUCUUCAAUACCUCCUCCCUAUAAGUGUGUUUAGAAGUGUAGCCUUGACAUGGUCAAAUGUAGGCUUGAUAAGCAAAUCAACAUUGCAUACAUUUUGUUGUUGUUUUUAAAUCAGGCUUAACCAUGGAGAUUUAGCCCAAGUGGCAAUGCUGCACAAAUAUCAUUGAAUUCAAUAGAAGAUGGCCAGAAAGGUCAGUAAAUAUUCCAGUGUCAACAGUGCUGGAAUAGUUUGACUACUCAACAAGAUCUAUCAACCAGCACAGUAGCAAAUUUCACUUCUCUUUUCUCUGCAUUUGCUAUUGGGCAAUUCCAUGGGUAACAGAAUCAGGCACAUUACCUUUUUUCAAUGACUAACUGUAUAGCAAAUUUCCAAGUUGAUAUGAUAUAUAUCAGAACAUAGGAAACUGCCAUAUACUUAGUCAGACCAUUGGUCUAUCUAGCUCAGUAUUGUCUUCACAGACUGGCAACAGCUUCUCCAAGGUUGCAGGCAGGAAUCUCUCUCAGCCCUAUCUUGGAGAUGCUGCCAGGGAGGGAACUUGGAAACUUUUGCUCUUCCCAGAGUGGCUUCAUCCCCUGAGGGGAAUAUCUUGCAGUGCUCACACAUCAAGUCUCCCAUUCAUGUGCAACCAGGGCAGACCCUGCUUAGCUAUGGGGACAAGUCAUGCUUGCUACCACAAGACCAGCUCUCCUCUCCAUGUAUACCCGCUGGCAGGAGAACAGUUCCUACUAUAACACUAUAUUUUUACAGAACUCUUAAAUAUUAUAGUGUCUGAAACAUACAAAAUACAUCAAUAAUGGAAUCAGAAGCAAUAUCCAAAAUUCUGAUUCCAUUAGUGAUAUAUUUUGCAGAUUUCAGACACUAAAAUCUUUAGGGUUUUUUUUUAAAAAAAAUAUGGCCUUAUAGUAGGAAAUGUUCUCUUGGGAAUAUAUAACAUAGAUGUGAAAAAUUGCCUAUAGCUACAGUCACUGAAAAAGUGUUAACAUGCCUGAUUCCUUUACUCAUGGAAUUGCCCUCUUUUUACUGUAGGAAGCGUCAUUCCCAUGAGACCCUGCCCCAGAUUAAAAAUAAUACCUAUAGACAGGUUUCCUCACAUUUGGAGCCUUUAAUUUAUACUUUAUCAUGUAUUAGAAUUGCAAGAGGAAGUACAAUGUAUAGGAAAUAUAACUACUUAAAAGUAAUCUUAUAUUAAUUCUGAUUUAAAAGAAGUUGUAAUCUUUUUCUAUUGCCGUACAUUUUUAGGCAGCUUACAAAAAUAAGACAGAUGGGCAGGGCGGUAGGGCAUCUUCUGUAAAAAAGAAAGAAAGAAAAGAAAGAAAGAAAGAAAGAAAAAGAGAGAGAAGGGAGCUGACUUUCUUAAAUGAAAAACCUUUUUCUUAACUGGUUUUAGUGUUUUCACUACUGCAAGCAGAACUGGAAGCUAAUAGUUACAAGGAAGGGAUGUUUUGUUUUUUUAGGGGCGGGCCAUUUUUCUUUGGCUCUUGGGAGCUGAGAUAGACAAAAUACCAAAUAAGUCUAUUGAUUACCAAUUCACAAUCUCAGUCUGCAUGCUGGAUUAACAUCUCAGAACCUCCAGAUAAAAACAAUACUGUACACUUUUCCUAGCUUUCUGUUAUAUGCACUGUAUUGAAAUGUGACAAAAAUAUGCUGUAUUUAGCUGUGUGUGAAUGAAAAUUAUGCUUGUAUCUAUAGCGGCAUUGUUAAUGUGAUGAUGUGACAUUCAAAACUUGUAAAGAAAAAGCUGUGUUUUUA